AAGUCGCUUUUUACUCUGUGGUUGGGUCCAUGGUAAAAGGAAUGUUAUUGUAGAAUAUCAUACGAAGGAACUAUGGAUGUACGACCAAGAUAGGUUGUCACAGCAGCUAUUGACUGUCGUAAUCGUAUCCUUUACUAAUGGUCCACUUUAUGGGGAUGUACUCCGAUGCGCAAAACAUCAAAUCGGGAUACCUCGAUGAGAUGUUUGAUGCUGGAACAUGGAAGGUGCGCAAUAUUUGGGAUGGGGUAAAGCUGGAGGUUGGAGAGGACGAAAGCCCGGUGGUCCUUCACAGUUUUACCCAUUUGGACCCUGAACUACCACUAUUUGAGAGCUCGACACAGGAGAUCGGAGAGGAGGUGGAGAAGGGGGUAAUCUUCACCAUCACCCUGAGGAAAGUGCAGCUGCACCAGUCGGCUAGUAAGGGGCAGCGAUGGCUGGGCGUGGAGACAGACUCUGCUCUCUGCCUGUAUGAGACAUGUAAAGUACGCACCAUUAAGGCUGGCACGCUGGAAAGGCUGGUGGAAUACAUGGUGUCUGCGUUCAGGGGCAAGGACUCCACCUACGUCACCAUCUUCCUCUGCACCUACCGCUCCUUCGCCACCACCAAGCAGGUGCUGGACCUCCUACUCAACAGGUAUGCCAAACUUCAGAACCAACCUGGUAUAGACGUACACGGACACACUCAGGAGGACUACACAGAGCUCAGAAACACUGUGUCGUCCAUCCUGGGGGCUUGGCUGGACCAGUACUCAGAGGACUUCUGGAGUCCUCCACAGUAUAGCUGUCUACACCACCUGAUGUCCUACCUGCACCAACACUUCCCUGGCUCUGACCUGGAGCGCCGUGCACUCAACCUGUUGGACCUCUUCCACCACAGGCAUCGGUGUGAGCCGGACCUUGAUGUGGAGCACAUUGGCUGUCCUUUCGCCACGCAGGAAGAGAGUGUCUUUGAGGAUGAGCUUCCUGCCCUGAACUUACUUUCCUUUGACCCCAUCAUGGUUGCCGAGCAGUUCACACUCAUGGAUGCGGAUCUGUUCAAGAAGGUGGUCCCCUACCACUGCCUGGGGGGCAUCUGGUCCCAGCGGGAUAAGAAGGGGAAGGAGCACCUGGCCCCCACCAUUCGGGCCACAGUGGCUCAGUUCAACUGUGUCACCAACUGUGUCAUCAGCACCUGCCUGAGCAACCCCUGUCUGAAGCCCACACAGCGGGCCAGACUGGUGGAGCACUGGAUAGAGGUGGCCAGGGAAUGUCGGAUCCUCAAGAACUUCUCGUCUCUGCGAGCUAUCCUCUCUGCCCUGCAGUGUAACUCUCUCCACCGACUCAAGAGGACCUGGGAUGAGGUGUCCAGAGAGAAUUUCCGCACCUUCCGUGAGCUGUCAGAAAUCUUCUCAGAUGACAACAACUACUCUCUAAGCCGAGAGCUGCUGGUCAAGGAGGGCACCUCCAAAUUUGCCACCCUGGAGAUGAACCCUAAACGAGCACAGAGGAGACACCAACAGCAGAGAGACUUGGGGGUGAUGCAGGGGACCAUUCCUUACCUGGGCACCUUCCUCACUGACCUGGUCAUGAUGGACACGGCUAUGAAAGACUUCACAGAGAGUGGACUCAUCAACUUUGAGAAGCGACGAAAGGAGUUUGAGGUGAUAGCUCAGAUUAAGCUGCUGCAGCUGGCGUCCAACAACUACAGUUUCACCCAGGACAGCCUCUUCAGGGAUUGGUUCUCAGAAGUGGAGAGACUCAGUGAGGCAGAGAGCUACACUCUGUCCUGUGAGAUUGAACCGCUGUCAGAGUCCGCCAGCAACACUCUCAGAGCCAAGAAGAACGGGGGCAUCAUGAAACGCUGGAGCGAUCGCCAGUUAACUGAGGCCAGCUGCAGCAGUGCAGGAAGCUCCCACUCCAAGUCGUUUGACCAGUCCCACUUCAGGCCGUACCAGGGAGGGGGAGUUGAUAGUGGGGACACCCUCAGCGUCACCUCAGCCGGCUCCAGCGGCUCUGACCUGGAGGAUAUCAACGCCAGCUUCCUGUCCGACUCACCGGACGCCCACGAGAGAAAAACCUCUACAUCCUCAGUAAAACAUUCCAUCUCUGCUUUGGGGAAAGAGUGCCAGACUCCUGAUCCCAACUUCACGUUUUGGGAGUCCACUUCCCUGUCAUCUCUAGACACAUCAGGGAUGGGUUCUGGUUCAGGCUCCAGCAGCGCUUCGUCCUCCUCUGUGUCCUCCUCCACUCCUCUCCCAGGCGCCUCCCGCUCCCACAAGCGCUCAGUCUCAGCCGUAUCCUGCUACUCCACCCUUUCCCUGCCCCGCUACAACCAGCAGGUGGAUGACUGCUGCAUCAUCAGAGUCAGCCUGGACGUGGACAACGGCAACAUGUACAAGAGCAUCCUGGUGACCAGUCAGGACAAGAUGCCAGCAGUCAUCAGGAAGGCCAUGGUGAAACACAACCUGGAGCAAGAGAAAGCUGAGGACUAUGAGCUGAUGCAGAAAAUCUCUGAAGAAAAAGAGCUGCGGAUCCCAGACAAUGCCAACGUUUUCUAUGCCAUGAACUCUACCGCCAACUAUGACUUUGUGCUGAAGAAACGUAGCUUGGCCAAGACAGGCCGGGUCAAGAGUGUAGCCAGCUCUACGCUGCCCCGCAUGAAGCAGAAGGGCCAGAAAAUUGCCAAAGGGUUCUUCUGAGGGCGAGUGUCCCAGCUCUCUGUCAGUCUGCUGUAUUAAGGCCCUCUAAAUCCACCAUAACUAAAGGAUCUGAGAACUACACUAGAGAUGGAGCCUAGUGUAAAACAAGAACUGUCUGCAUGCAUCAUAAGCAGGCAGCAAAGCAGGAGAAGCACUUACCGGUAUCAACACAAUUGUGUCCAGACCAGGACUCUCCAGACAAGCCUGAAACGACUGAUGUCUUCUUGGCUCAGGCCUUGAUUAUUGGGAGCUUAACAAUGUGUUGUCCCUAGCCCUUCGUGCCUGAGUUUGUGUCAAUGGUGUUUACAGAUAUAUGUGGAAUAUCUGGUCAUGUUACACACUCUCUGACUCUGUGAUGAUAAGAGGGGUGUUAGUAAAUAUAGUUAACAGGAGCGCAAGGAAGGAACGUACAGAAAACAAAAGUGGCCUGGUGUGCUAUCCCGGUGUGAUUAGAUGGAGAGGUGGUCUUUUGUAAGUUUGAAGAGUUUACUGCAGACGCUGCUAUAUUGAAUAUAGGUCAAAGUCUGUGCCCAUUUCAGAGAAAACAAGGUGUGAGUAGUGUACACUCUAUUAAGAGCAGCCAAGAGACAUCUUGUUAUAUUGAAUUAUAACCCCUAUAAGGAAGAAGGAUGUAGCAAUGGGGCUCAAUAUGCUCAAAAUAAACAUUUGAAAGAUUACUGAGAGUUAGGUGUAAAAGAAGACAAAAACAGAGGCGUGAUAGAGAUACAGUAUUAGGGUAUAAAAAAAUACCCAGCUUCACAAUAUAAUAUCAGCAUUACUUUGCAAUGGUUUGACGAUGUUCCCAUUACAGUUAGGCUAUUGCUUUAGUUGUUUUUGCCAACCUUUACUUUGCUACGGGGCUGCUGCUAAAUGUACAUUUUCUAAAGGUCAAUUAUUCACCUUCAUUUUUUCUAAACUUUUUGGGGUGAAGACAAGCAUGACUUUGGGACUUUCAUACGACUGGUCCCAACCCCCUUAAAUUGCUUUUUAAAUAUGUGUCCUUUCCUUGAUGACCAUGAUAGGACCAUAGAGAUGAGUAAUAGCAAUAUGGUGGAAACUCCCCAAUGAUGUUAACUAUCCAUGGCCUAGAAUAGUUAUUUUUUGGGAGGACAUACAUAGCAUAAUGAUUGGUUAUCUCUGCUGUGCUGUGCUGUGUCACUGGGGGCAUUCAAUUAAUGCCCCAGCCUGCCCCGAGUGAACUGGGUUAGCGUUGAUUGCAUUAGCUUUGUAACCGGGCUGCCUCCCAGGCGUGAGCCAUGUGCCCCGUUUUGGUCAAUGGCGAAGUCGGCUCUAAACAAAAGUGACGUAGGUUAAGCACGUGGUUUAAUUAGUAGGAUUCUGUGUUUUCACAUGCAGAAUGAUUGCUUUUGAUAAAAAGGCUUUAUCUGCCUUCCCAAUGAAAACUAAUUUGAAAAUUCAAACAUAUAUUUUAUGGAAAAGAGAUGUUGUAUGUUUCUGAACGAUGCAUCAUGCUGCCUUGUUGACAACAUGACCGAGUGGCGCAGAUUACAGUUCAAUUUGAGAAGGGCGCUCCUCCCUUACCGCUUUUGCCCGUUCACGUCAUGGGCCAUAGCCUGGUGCACUUAAUCAAACUCCCUCACUGUGAUUUGCUCCCUUACACUGUGAUUGGGUCUUUGUCGAUCACUCUGAUUGGCUCCCUUCUAUGCAGAGCACUGUGAACACACAUUCUCUCUCUGUCUCGCUCUCCAUUAUGACACAAUUAAAGGGGAAACCUCAACCGUGACGGAGAAUAGAUAAGAGCUCCAUGUGGUGGUAGAAAAUAUUUCAGGUCGUGGAGAAAAGGUGGCAACUGGUUUACCCCUCCCUAUAUGUGCCAAAGAGAUGAGUUAGGUGGGUGAGGGAGGAUGAGGGGGGGUGUCUGUGACUCUCAAAAUACAAUAUUUGUUUCAUUCUAAGAACCUCAGAUACACUGUUCAAGCCUAGGUGGCUGUGUGGUUAUUACUGGUUACCCUUGGAGAAACCGGACCACUUUCCUGAAUAGUAAAAGUAACUCAUUUGACUCUUGACAUUUGAAAUGGUUCAGUAUAUUUUAUGCUUUACAUAACUUUCUGUGUUUACUACCACUUGAUUGAUCCCUGGUUGUUUUGUGGUGUUAUUCAUAAUUUACAUAAUUUGCUUGCUUUGCUUUACCUGGAAUGACUGGUCCUCCUCUGCAUAUUAAUUUGGCAGUAUCUGUUGGCAUUGCCAUUAUCAUAGAGUUAAAACCUUCAUAUGUAUUUGCAGUGUCUUGUCUCAUGCUUUUCUAUUCUUAAUUAUUUAAGAACUUAAAAUAUUAAGAUGUCAUAUGGAAUUGUCUUUGUUUAUGUAUUUGUUGACCUGGCAUUAUUUAUUGGUUUGUACAGAGAUUUUGCUAUGCAUUGUACAUUAUUUCCUCUCUUACAUAUUUAUAGAUUAAUAUAUACUCAUGUAUAUACAAAUAAACACUUAAGUUUACAAAAGUAAAUACUCACUAAUUUCA